AUGCUGGAGAACAUGGGUCCCAGAAACAGAGGGCCUGCUGGAGGGUCCGGCAAUCAAGGGAGAGGCACUUACCAGGAUCGAGACAAACCAGCCCAGAUCUGCUUCAGCAACAUCUCUGCCACCAAAGCAGUUACAGAUGCUAUUAGAACUAGCCUUGGACUGAAAGGAAUGGACAAAAUGGUUCAAGAUGGAAAAGGCAAUGUGACCAUUACCAAUGACGGUGCUACAAUUUUGAAACAAAUGCAGGUCUUGCAUCCAGCAGCCAAAAUGUUGGUGGAACUCUCCAAAGCACAAGAUAGUGAAGCUGGUGAUGGUAGCACAUCUGUUGUUAUCAUUGCUGGAUCUCUUUUGGAUUCCUGUGCCAAACUUCUUCAAAAGGGGAUUCAACCAACCAUCAUUUCAGAAUCAUUCCAAAAAGCUGUGGGUCAGUGUGUUGAAGUCUUAACCAAAAUGUCACAGCCAGUGGAACUGAGUGACAGAGAAACAUUGCUUAAUAGUGCAACCACUUCACUAAACUUAAAGGUUGUAUCUCAGUACUCAAGCCUGUUUUCUCCAAUGAGUGUAGAUGCCAUGAUGAAAGUGACUGAUCCAACAACUGCUACUAGUGUAGAUCUUUGAGACAUUAAAAUAUUUAAGAAACUUGGUGGGACAAUUGAUGACUGUGAACUUGUGGAAGGAUUGGUCCUAACUCAGAAAGUAGUAACCAGAGUUGAGAAAACUAAGAUUGGUCUCAUUCAGUUUUGUUUAUCUGCUCCUAAAACAGAUAUGGAUAAUCAGAUAGUUGUUUCUGACUAUGCUCAAAUGGACAGAGUACUGCAGGAAGAGAGAGCUUAUAUUCUCAAUUUAGUGAAGCAGAUUAAGAAAUCUGGAUGUAAUGUACUCCUUAUUUUGAUUUUUAUGACUAUAUAUGACAUUAUAUAUGUGAUUAUAUAUUUCUUGGGGUACAAGGAACUACCCCAAGAGCUAAAAGAAAAGCCCCACACACAUGGUAAAAUAUUCCUAGUCAUACUUUUUGGGGGUAGCAAAGAAUUAGAAGCAGCGUGGUUGGCCAUUAAUGGGAGGAUGACUAAACAAAUUGUGGUACAUAAAUGUUAUUGGAAUACUGUUGCCCCAUCUGAAAUUGAGAAUAUGAGGAAUUCAAAGAAACAAGAGGAAAAUUAUGUGGCCUAA